UCUCACCCCAAACCAAAGUUGCCAAACCUGUUUAUACGAUUUGACAACAGGUAUAGUCCAACCAGUGGUACAACAAGCUAUGUCAGUUUUAUCAGAACUUGUAUCUUUUGUAGGAACUACUCGUUAUAACAUACUUGCAAAAUGAAUACGUUUAUUAUAAAGAGAUUCGUACUCGACCAGCUGCUGCUGAGAUUUCUCGGCCAACGUUGUCGACUGCACUCGGCCGGCUGCUGUCAAGAUUGUUCAUGUCCCUGCUUAACCUUAAUUUUUAUUUGAACAAGUAAAAGUUAUGUCUUGAUCUGAGUGGGAAUAAUCUUUCUCUUCUACAAGCUCAUGGAGUUUUGAAAAAACCAAACAUCUCAGACAUAGAUAGAGAUGUAGGAAUUUUUCGAACGAAUAACACUCUUUCAUAUACGUCAGGAGACCAUUGAUGAGACGAGGCUGGGCAAAGUUUGAAGAAAGUUGAAAAUCGUUAACACUAAAUAAGUUUAUGCACAUAUAUAAGAUACUUGAAGGCCGAGAUGAUGGUGGAGACAAUGGCGGGAGGAGGGAGGGAAGCAUUGAUUCUGAGCAUUUGUUUAGAGGAGUCAAUCUGGAGCAAAUCAAGUUGAGAUUACAGUAGAGUCGGAGACAUGAAGUGGGUGCCCUCCUGAGGAAUCAACGACCUCGUCUCACUUGCAGCGGAAUCGUCAGAGAUUGAGAAGGGACGAGGAAGGAGAGUCUGAUUUGCAGCCAAAUUGAGAUUUAAUUAGGGCCAAAUAGGUAACUUAUGUAUUAGAGUGAGGAUGAUUGUUCGUAAUUUUAGGAUGAGCUUUAGUUAAAAUAGGUUGAUUAAUGUGGUGUUUACUUAGGAGAUUUAUGUUCUUAGAAUUUAUUAGUAGUACUAUAUUGAUUGUUGUCAAAAGAUCAGAGGCAUAGGUUUAGCCAAACCAACGUUAAAAUUAUCUUUUGUUCUCUCUUUCUCACUUUUAAUUCUGCGUUCCUUUUAUAGAUCUGCGAAUUCUUGCUUUAUUCCUCAUCACGCGCUAAUCAACAUUCUAUGAUGACACCGCCGCCCUCCACUAUUAUGUAGGAAGAGAUUAUAAUGCUAGUGGGUCCCAAAAAUAGCAUCUAACCCAUUGGAUUUUAUUAAUGUAUGCCCUUGAAAAAGUUGUAAUUACAAAGUGUGUAAAGUAGUGGACUAAAUAUUGCAAAUUUAGUAAUUGGCUCAAUAACUUUAUGAACAUAAGAGCAAGUUAGUAACCGAGUUUUCUUUAUUGGGCCUAUUUUUGUUGAAUCUGCCAUUCCUUGCGAAAUUUUGUUUUUGGGCCUAAACUAAAGUAAUGGCUUGCUGUUUUUGUCAUACUAUUUGAGCCCAUCUUUCUAUCUCUGAAGUUUCUCCCAAACAAUAUUACCUUCAUUAUCAUUCCAUUUUAAUUUAUUUAACGCCUCAACUUCUUAAAAUUCCUGCCCUAAAUUAACCGAACAAACCAUUCUACCUUAGGUCACCCAAUUCGUGUAUUUGGGCCGGACGUUCCCGCUUUGGAGCGCAGAAACGUGUUUUCCAUAGGAUUCGCAGCAAAUUCGCGAAUUAUAUAAUUUGGGCGCGCAAAUUAUAAAAAAGAAGAUCGUUAAUUAUCUAAAUCAUGAACAUACAAGCUACAAAUUGAAAUUGAAAGCUUUAAACACCCCAGAUUCCACCGCCCUAGUUGCUAGCGUGGUUGUUGCCAUCAAAAUCUAAUAUCUACUACCUUCUGUACAUGCAAAAUACAUUUUCCCUACACGAAUCCCCCAUUCAAAGGGGCUGUUUGGAAGUUAUGAUUCUAGAUGAAUGAUUUUUUGAAUUUAUGUAUUCUGGAGAAUUCAUCGUUUUUUUUUGUUUCAACAUUUUAUUCAGUACAUGCAUUUGAGGUGGGCCCUCAAAUCUCAUAUCACCCACAAUCACUCAUUUUAAAUCUCAACAAAAAGGUGAGAUUCUUCCUUUGAGAUUGUGAGAAUUAAUUUGUUCCACUUUUAGCUCAUAAAGUUAUUUUUUCUUUUCUUUAAAAUUUUUGAAUGACUACAACCAAACAAGACAUUCUUCCAAUCAUCUAAUUCUUACAAUCUUUGUAUUUACAAUAGAUGUAUUCAUCAAAUACACAUAUUUGAAGAAUCUCAACUUCCAAUCGACCCCAAAGAUAUGUUCUUAUGAUCGAGCUCAAUAACAUUGUGCAUGUGGUGGCAUGAUUCGGGCCUAAUUGCACAUAUUUUGCCCCCGGUUUGUUUAGAUGUUUGUGCCAAAUUCGAUCAUUAGAGGUUGGUUUUACGCGAGGUUCUUCGCGUUUGAGUCAUUUUCAGGAUUUAACAGGUGGAACCAGCCUCAGAGUCGAAGGAUUGGCAAAAAGGAUCGAAAACCGGGAGAAGAGGUGAAAAAGCGCAUGUUCACGGCUAAAGGCAGGAGUUCACGGUCGUGCAAGACCAUGAAGAAGGAGAGUUAACCGUGAAGUGCAAGGCAUCCAGAGCCAAGUUGAAGGUUACUGACGCAAGGUGAGUUCACGGUUACUAAGACCGUGAACACAAGCAAUUGCCCAUGAACAACCGUGAUCGAUGAGGAGUGUUUUGGCGCAAGGCGUGAGUUCACGGACGCGUUUGAUGGUUCAUGGCCGUGAACUCAGGCUGUGAACUCAGCUCUUCUCGGGUUUAAAAGCUGAGCUGCAAGGAAAGAGAAGGGGGGAGCCACUUUUGUGAGAGAAACACCUUCUUCUGCAUUUUAGUGAGAGUAACAGAACCAAAGAGAAGAAGAGGUUAGGGCUUGGCUUCAAAGGAGGAUUUGGGAAGAUUUCCCCAAGGAAAUCCCAGCUCAAGGUUGAAGAAGAGAGGAUGCAUUCCCAAAAGAUGGUUUCCACCUUUUUCCCCUUUGUUCUUCCCGCUUCUUCCAUGGAUUAGUCCUCCUCCCACUUGGGUGUAGUGAAACCCUAAACCCUACCAUGUAGUUUUCUUGUAUGUGGUUUGGACGAUUGAUAUUGGGCAUUGUUCAAUUUAAUGUUUGAGGUAUUUUUCACCAUGAUUUUGCAUGCUUGUGCUUAGCAACUUAGGGGUUGUGCAUAUUUUGGGCUUAGCAUCCUAGGGAUUGUGCAUAAUUGUGCUUAGCACCCCCUAAGUUUGUGCAUUUAGGUGCUAGUAAUCUAAUUUGCCAACUUAGCCUAGUUUAGAGAGGAAAAUUCCCCUUUCUAAGGGAGACUCAAUCAAGUUGGUUUUCCUUCCGCUUUCCAAGCCACCUAAACUAGGUUGAGUUAGGGAAAUCCUCGAUAUUGAAUGGAACAAGUCAAUUAAUCGUGGUUAAACCGUCCGACCUUAGAGUUGAGUGAGGAAGUAAGUCGAUUACCGAUUGUCUAAACCGAGAGGGUCUAGUUACACGACCUUUCAUCCUCACCUCGGUUUAGCAAUCAAGACUGUGAUCCCUGAUCACAUACGCUUUCCUCUGCGGUUCACGAUUAACGUGCCCAAGGCAAUCGUUCCAACCCACGUAGCAUGGAAGCGGUUAGGGGGAAGCGAAACCCAAGUGACUUUCCCACAAAAGAGUUUUCAAACCAAAGUACCUUUGUUUUCUUUCAUUUCAAUUGGCAAACCUUUAAAACAAAGUUUAAUCGCCAGAUAAUGAUUUUAACAACUGAAAUAGGGGUAAACGGACCGGCCUGGGUCGAUAUAUAGAUACUUGCCCUAUACUACCCCCGAUUAGAGCUUAAAAACUUGAACUCUAAUUGGGGUUUAAUUGUGGUGUAGUUUCGUGCGAGUCAAGUUUUUGGCGCCGUUGCCGGGGACUACGGUAUGUUAUUCUGAAAAAGUUGUUGGUUGUUAAUCUAGCUUUUAAUUUCAAGUUUUUCAAGUGCGUGUGUUCUUUGCUUGUGUUAGACUUGUGUUUUCCGAUUGUGUGUAGGAGAUGUAUUACCCGGAGCAACCCGACGCCCUUGCUACCACUUUUCGAGGACAUAAACCGAUCCCUCCAACUCCUAGCAAGGAAAGAGAGCUAGUCGAGGCAAGGUGAAGGAUUGAAAGAGGGGGACAAUAAUUGGGUCCCGAUGUUAGUGGAGAAGUAGUUGAAGAAGUGGAAGUUGAGCCCGUCAUUGAAGAGGAAAUGGCGGUGAACCAAAGGCAAGAUGGAGCCGCUCAAGCCCGCCACAUGAAUGAGGAGGCGGGAGAAGAAGGAGCCCCGAGGACGAUGGGGUACUACAUGGCCCCAAGGUCGGCGUACAUUCAAUCACCGAUCCUACAUCCUCCGGUGGCGGUGAACAAUUUCGAGAUCAAGCCAGCUAUAGUGACUAUGAUACAAAGCAAUGCUCUCUUCCACGGCCAUGAGAGCGAGUCACCAAGAGAGAACAUGCAGAGAUUCUUGGAGCUCGUGGGGAGCUUGAAGAUCAAUGGUGUGUCGGCCAAGACUUUGAAACUAAGGCUUUUCCCAUACUCACUCUCGGGGAAGGCACUUAGGUGGCUAAACAACCGCCCACCUCGGUCCAUCACCUCAUGGGACAACCUCCUCAACAAGUUUAUGGCUCGUUAUUUCCCGCUCCUGAAGACAACGGAGUGGAGAAAGAAGAUUACACAUUUCGAGCAAGAAGAGGACGAAACCUUGAGGGAUGCUUGGGAGAGGUACUCCGAUUACUUUCUUUAGUGCCCCCACCACGGGUUUGAGGAACAGUUUCGGAUUGAAACCUUCUACGGAGGCCUAAUGCAAGAAGAUAAGUCCUCAUCGACUCCUUAUGUCAGGGGAAGUUGAUGAAUAUGGCUCCACCCCAAAUUACCGAGAUCCUAGAAGACAUGGCCUUUAGGGGGUAUGAUUGGGGGUUGACUAGAAGUGGAAGAAGAAGCAAUGAAAGGGGAGUGAGAAGCGUGGGAGCGAGUGCUCCGCUUGAGGCAAAGUUGGAUAAGUUGCUUGAGGUUAUGCUUGAAGAUAAAAGGCAAGGAAAAUG